AUGCGCUUCUCUACGCAGACGUACGUGCCGCUGGUGGUGAGCGCGAGCACGGGCUCCAUGGCAGCCAGCCUGCCCCUCAGCGUGUCCGUGCUGGAGAUGAAGUGUGGCCUGGACGCCCGCGUGGUGCGCACCGUGCUGCCCAUGGGCAUCGUGCUGGGCCGCUCGGGCAGCGUCGCUCAGCUCGCCGUGUCCGUGCUCUUCCUCACGCACAUGCACAGGGUACGCGGCGGCGAGAACCAGCCUGUGCUGUCUGCAGUGUUCUUUCUUGUCGCGAAAGUGAACCUCGAGGGCUGGGAACUGGUGGGUGCCGGUGCAAACGCCAUAGUGGCCAGCCUGACAGAUGAUGGAGCUUCACCUGCAACAGUCGGCCUGCUUCUGGGAGUUAAAGGCUACAGAGAGCCACUCGUUCUGGCUGCCGAACCAUUUGUGCAGUGGCUCACCACAACGGCCGACGCCUACUGCAAUUGCGUGGCGGCUACCGUCUGUUUCGAUAUUGUGCACGAAGAUCUCUCGGACGAUGACGAGUGUGCCAGCGAUGAUGCCUGA